CCAUGUCAAUGUGUUUGCGAAAUCCUGAGUAAACAAAUUUUUCAAGGAAAUAAGUUCCAUUUAAAGUACAACAAAAAGAAAAUACAAUGGCGGAUUCGACGGUAACUGAUGUAAGCAAGAUGAAAGUGGUUGAAUUAAGAAAAGAGUUAAAAUCACGUGGACUGUCUUAUGUCGGCGACAAAGCCGAGCUUGUGGCUAGGCUGCAAGCCGCUAUAGCGCAAGAUGACCACGGUGAUAUCAACUUAGAUUCAGACGAAAUAGAUUCUGACGGAGUUCUUGAAGAUGAAGACGAUAAAAGCCAAACAGACAUCUUAGAUGAUUCUGCCGUAGAUACACUAAACGAGGAAUUGGCACUUGAGGAACAUGCUGAGAAACAGACAAAUGAGUCAAAACCUCAGAGAACAUUAAAAAGGAAAAUAAACGCUCCAACUUCAGAACCGGCCAAAGAAAAAUCACAAGAUACAAAGGAAUCUGGUACAAAAAAAAUUGUACUGAAUAGAGCUAUAUCCAUUACACCGAAACAAACUGAGGAAAAUGUAGAGACAAAAUCCGAGGAAACGCCGCCAUCCAACGUUAGCAAAGUCAAACUGGUCACAGAUAUAGAUCCCAAGACUAGGUUGGAGAUGAGAGCUAGAAGAUUCGGCUUGCCUGUUAAAGUGUCUGAAGCCGAGCGGAAAGAAGCUAGAAAACAGCGGUUCCAGGCUUCAGCACAAAAUAACAUCAGCUCUACAACUCCUGGCUCAUUACAGGACAAUCUGGAGAAACUAAAGCAAAGAGCUGAAAGAUUUGGACAGUCUGUAUCUUCUAUUAUGACGGACAUUGAAAAUAAAGAGAGGUUAGAAAAACGUAAAGCAAAGUUCAAUGUUGCAAAAUAAUUUAGAUUUUAAGUUACUUUUAUUAUUAAUUAAA